GAGAGAGAUACAGAUACUGGCAUCAUUUUCUCGUUUAGCAUGGAGAAAGCAGCUUUGAGAGGUUAACAGCAUGCUCCAGGGUGGAUACCUGUUAACUGAGUGGACUUGCAGCGCACAGUACAAACCGUAGAGCCCAGUCUCUUGCAGCCCGUGCUAGCUGUGUACUCACAGUCUUGCUGCCUGUCCUCCUCAGGCCUGGGAAUUCCGAGGUGUGCUGCCAUACUUGGCUGAGCCCUGUGCUCUUUGCACUAGCCGAGAUCGGCAUGCCAGAGGUGGGGUUACUCCUGGGAAGAUGACAUGUAAUUGUCACUGUCAAAUUUGUGACUACAUCCACUGGAUUGAAAGCAAGCGUGAAUUUGUCAGUUCCAGGGCUUUUGCUUAGGAGACUAUUUCAGUUGACUGUUGGGAGUUGAAACUAUGUUAUCUGUUUUAGUAAAUAGAGUUUGUUUACUUGAUAGCGCUCCUAUCUCGUUGACUAGCUUUGGUUCUGAAGCUAGCACAAUCUGGCAUCUUUCAGUUCCUUUCCUGUGUACUCUUUUUUUUCCGUCUUAGGGCGUUUUGGCUUCUCCAGUUUCCUUCCCUAGAAUGUCCACUCUUUAGUUCUUGUAAUUGGCACCAAUUCAGAUCUUGACGUUAUCAAACCUCCUUUGAUACAUGUUGCUAUCAAUUUAUCUAAAAUAUAAACUUUCUUUUUUUUGCAACAGGAGUUUCUAUAGCGCAACCUGGUAUUGAACUCACACUGAGGGUGACCUUAAACUGAUCUUCCUGCCUCCUCAACGUUGGUAGUACAUGCAUAUCACACUCUGUUCAUUCUGUUGUUUUCUCCUGUAUAUUUUGCAUCUUUGAGGCAUAUGUUACAAUUUGGAGCUAUGCAUUAAUAUUUUUGUUGUCAUCAUUUUCCCCAGAUGUCUCCCAGAGGGGAGGCUUUGUGUCAGUGUAGUUCAUUUAUUUUCUUGCUGUUGCAUACACAUGCCUAACAAACACUGUAUAUGUGAAACAAUAGUUUGCACUAUCAUUAAAUGUUUUCUCUUUAUAGAAAUAAUACUGAACUGUUUUAUUUUCUUCAAAAUGUACUUUAUUCUGCUAUACAAAGCACACAUUUGAGAAGAGCAUAAUUUUAAUGUAUUCUAAGAAAAUGUCCUAUAGAAAUGUUACAAAACAUUAUUUCAGUUUUGAUCAUAGUCUGCCUCUGGAUGUACAGUUAGGUUUAAAUGUAUAGAGGUAUUGUAGUGUAAAAUAAUUGCAGAUUUAUAGCAUAGCCAGUUCUCAGCACCAAAUAACCAAAAUAAAUGAAAUUAAUUACGAAUAUUUAUUUUUAUUUACAGGUGAGGAUGUAUGGUCUGAAAUCUUAAACCAUGAGUCUAGCACUUAAUGAUCUGCUCAUUUGCUGCCGACAAUUAGAACAUGAUAGAGCUACAGAACGAAGGAAAGAAAUGGAGAAAUUUAAACGUCUGAUUCAGGAUCCUGAAAUAGUUCUAAAUUUAGAUAAGCAUUCAGAUUCCAAACAACAAAAAUAUUUGAAUUGGGAUGCUGUUUUCAGGUUCCUGCAGAAUUAUAUUAAAAAAGAAACAGAAUGUCUGAGAACAGCAAAAUCAAAUGUAUCAGCCUCCACACAGACCUCCAGACAGAAAAAGAUGCAAGAGAUCAGCAGUUUAGUCAGAUACUUCAUCAAAUGUGCAAAUAAGAGAGCACCCAGGCUAAAAUGUCAAGACCUCUUGAAUUACGUCAUGGAUACAGUGAAAGAUUCAUCUAAUGGAGUAACUUAUGGAUCUGAUUGUAGCAACAUACUACUCAAAGACAUUCUUUCUGUGAGGAAAUACUGGUGUGAAAUAUCUCAGCAACAGUGGCUAGAAUUGUUCUCUGUGUACUUCAAGCUGUAUCUCAGACCAUCACAAGAGAUGAAUAGAGUUUUAGUGGCUAGAAUAAUUCAUGCUGUCACUGGAGGAUGCUGUUCACAGACUGACGGAUUACCUUCACAGUUUUUAGAUUUUUUUUCCAAGGCUGUUCAGUAUGCAAGACAAGAGAAGAGCUCUCCUGGCUUCAGUCAUAUCUUAGCAGCCCUUGUCAUUUUCCUCAAGACUUUGGCUGUCAACUUCCGGAAACGUGUGUGUGAAGUCGGAGAUGAAAUUCUUCCUACCUUACUGUAUAUUUGGACUCAACAUAGACUUAAUGAUUCUUUAAAAGAAGUAAUUAUUGAACUAAUUCAACUGCAGAUUUAUAUCCAUCAUCCACAAGGAGCUAAAGCCCCUGAAAAAGGUGCCUAUGAAUCAGCGAAGUGGAAAAGUAUCUUGUACAACUUAUAUGACCUGCUGGUGAAUGAAAUAAGUCACAUAGGAAGUAGAGGGAAAUACUCUUCAGGAUCUCGUAAUAUUGCAGUCAAGGAAAAUUUGAUUGACUUGAUGGCAGAUAUCUGUCACCAGCUUUUUAAUGCAGAUACCAGAUCCGUGGAGAUUUCUCAGUCUUAUACUACACAAAGAGAGUCCACUGAUUACAGUGUGCCUUGUAAGAAAAGGAAAAUAGAAGUAGGCUGGGAAGUGAUAAAAUAUCAUCUUCAGAAGUCACAAAAUGAUUUUGAUAUUGUGCCUUGGCUACAGAUUACAACCCAAUUAAUAUCAAAGUAUCCAUCCAGUUUACCAGACUGUGAACUGUCACCAUUACUACUAAUACUGUACCAGCUUCUCCCUCAACAGCGGCGUGGAGAACGCAUACCAUAUGUGUUGCGAUGCCUGAUGGAAGUUGCCUUAUGUCAAGGCAAGAAAUCAAACCUAGGAAGCUCUCAAAAGUCAGAUUUAUUGAAACUGUGGAUUAAAAUUUUGUCUAUUGCCUUUCGUGGCAUAACUUCUGAACAUACACAAAAUGAAAACUUUGGUUUACUUGGGGCCAUUAUUCAAGGUAGUUUAAUUGAACUUGACAGAGAAUUCUGGAAGUUAUUUACUGGCUCAGCCUGUAAACCUUCAAGUCCUUCAGUAUGCUGUUUGACUAUGGCGCUUACUAUCUGUGUAGUUCCGGAUGCAUUGAAAUUGGGAACAGAGCAAAGUAUGUGUGAAGUAAAUAAAAGUUUCUCUCUAAGGGAGUCAAUAAUGAGAUGGCUCUUAUUCUACCAGUUAGAGGAUGAUUUAGAAGUCAGCACAGAACCGCCCCCGAUUCUUCAGAGUAAUUUUCCUCAUCUUGUACUGGAGAAAAUUCUUGUAAGUCUCACUAUGAAAAAUUCUCGAGCUGCAAUGAAGUUUUUUCAAAGUGUGCCAGAAUGUGAACGGCACUGCCAAGAUAAAGAAGAGCCUUCGUUUUCAGAUAUAGAAGAACUAUUUCUGCAGACAACUUUUGACAAGAUGGAUUUUUUAACCACUGCGAAAGAAUGUGCUGUAGAAAAAUUUCAAUCUACUGUUGGCUUUUCUGUCCAUCAAAAUCUUAAGGAAUCGUUGGAUCAUUAUCUUCUGGAAUUAUCAGAAAGGCUUCUAAAUAAUUAUUCAUCUGAGAUUACAAGUUCAGAAACACUUGUCCGGUGUUCAAGUCUUUUGGUGGGCGUUCUUGGCUGCUAUUGUUAUUUGGGUAUAAUAAUGGAAGAGGAAGCAUAUAAAUCAGAAUUGUUCCAGAAGGCCAAGUCUCUAAUGCAGUGUGCAGGAGAAAGUAUCUCUCUAUUUAAAAAUAAGACAAAUGAGGAAUCUAGAAUUGGUUCAUUGAGAAACGUGGUACAUCUGUGUACAAGUUGCUUGUGUAGGCAUACCAAGCGUAAUCCACACAAGAUUGUAUCUGGCUUUUUCCUACGAUUGUUAACUUCAAAGCUUGUGAAUGACAUUGCAGAUAUUUGUGAAAGUUUAGCAUCCUGUAUGAAAAAGCCAUUUGAUUAUGGAGAGGUAAAUUCCAUGAAAGAUGCUGCUGAUGAAAAUCUGAUAGAGGCACAGAGUCCAUCAUCCUCAAGUCUGUUUAGUGGUUACCCUGCUAGUACUGUGAGCGAUGCAAAUGAUUCUGGAGAGAACCAGAGUACUGUUGGUGCCAUGAGUCUUUUAGCUGCUGAUUAUCUGUCAAAACAAGAUCAUCUUCUUUUAGACAUGCUCAGGUUCUUGUGCUUGUGUGUAACCGCAUCUCAGAGCAAUACAGUGUCUUUUAGAGCAACUGAUAUUAGAAGAAAGUUGUUAAUGCUACUUGAUUCUAGCACACUAGACCUUACUAAAUCCAUCCACCUACAGAUGUACUUAGUGCUUCUGAAGGAUCUUCCUGGAAGAGAGCAUUCAUUGCCAAUGGAAGAUGUUGCUGAACUUCUGAAACCAUUAUCCCUUGCAUGUUCUCUGCAUCGUCGCGACCAAGAUGUUUGUCGAACAAUUUUAAGCCAUGUCCAUCAUAUAGUGACAAACCUAAGUCAAGGCAGUGUGGACACUGAGGGCACAAGGAAUGCUCGGGGACAGUUCCUGACAGUGAUUGGGGCGUUUUGGCACCUAACAAAGGAGAAGAAAUGUAUAUUCUCUGUAAGAAUGGCAUUAGUAAAGUGUCUUCAAGCUCUCCUUGAGGCUGAUCCAUAUUCCAAAUGGGCAAUCCUUGAUGUAAGGGGACAAGACUUGCCUGUAAAUGAAGUAUUUCCACAGUUUCUUGCUGAUGAUCAUCACCAAGUUCGGAUGUUGGCUGCAGGGUCAAUCAACAGAUUAUUCCAGGAUAUGAGACAUGGAGAUUCCUCUGGAUGGUCGAAAGCACUGCUUUUGAAGUUUCAGCAAACAGCUUUUAAAAAUGCAUACCUGAAAGCAGAGGCAGGAAUAAGAGACGUGGUAACUAAAUCAUGUGAUACUCAGAACCCUGAUCUUCUGGAUGAGAUUCACAAUAGAAAAUCUGUUUUACUGGUGGUGAUAGCUGUGGUCUUGCACUGUAGCCCUGUGUGCGAAAAACAGGCUCUUUUUGCCUUAUGCAAAUCUGUGAAGGAAAAUGGAUUAGAACCUCAUCUGGUGAAAAAGGUUUUAGAGAAAGUCUCCGAAUCUUUUGGGUGCAGAAGUUUAGAAGACUUUAUGACUUCUCAUCUAGAUUAUCUGGUUUCGGAAUGGCUGAACAUUCAAGAUACUGAAUACAACUUAUCUUCCUUUCCUUUUAUUUUAUUAAAUUACACAAGUAUUGAGGAUUUCUAUAGAUCUUGUUACAAGGUUUUGAUUCCACAUUUGGUGAUUAGAAGUGAAUUUGAUGAGGUGAAGUCCAUUGCUAAUCAGAUUCAGAAAUGCUGGAAAAGUCUGUUGAUAGACUGCUUUCCAAAGAUUCUUGUACACAUUCUUCCUUACUUUGCCUGUGAGGGCACAGGAGACAGCAGCGUAAUACAGAAGAGAGAGACUGCUACCAAAGUCUAUGAUAUACUUAAAGGUGAAGACCUACUAGGAAAACAGAUUGAUCAAGUAUUCAUUAGUAAUUUACCAGAGAUUGUGGUGGAGUUACUGAUGACAUUCCAUGAAACAGCUGAUUCUGAUGCCAGUCAAAGCACUGACCUUGCUGACUUUUCAGGAGAUUUGGAUCCUGCUCCUAAUCCACCAUAUUUUCCAUCACAUGUUAUUAAAGCAACAUUUGCCUACAUCAGCAACUGUCAUAAAACCAAGUUUAAAAGCAUUUUAGAAAUUCUUUCUAAAAUUCCUGAUUCCUAUCAGAAAAUUCUUCUGGCCAUUUGUGAACAAGCAAAUGAGACAAAUAAUGUCUAUAAAAAGCACAGAAUUCUUAAAAUAUAUCAAUUGUUUGUUAGUUUAUUACUGAAAGAUAUAAAAAGCAGCUUGGGAGGUGCUUGGGCCUUUGUUCUUCGAGAUGUUAUUUACACAUUGAUUCACUAUAUCAAUAAAAGGCCUUCUCAUUUCACAGAUGUAUCAAAGCAUAGCUUUUCCCUUUGUUGUAAUCUGUUAAGUCGAGUUUGCCAUACAGCUGUAACUCACUGUAAGGAUGCCCUAGAGAACCAUCUUCAUGUCAUUGUUGGCACACUUAUACCACUUGUGGAUUAUCCGGAGGUUCAAGAACAGGUAUUGGACCUGUUGAAGUACUUGGUGAUAGAUAACAAGGACAAUGAAAACCUCUUUGUCACGAUUAAACUUUUGGAUCCUUUUCCUGACCAUGUUGUUUUUAAGAAUUUGCGGCUUACUCAGCAGAAAAUCAAAUAUAGUGGAGGACCCUUUUCACUCUUAGAGGAAAUUAACCAUUUUCUUUCUGUGAGUGCUUACAAUCCACUUCCACUGACCAGGCUUGAAGGAUUGAAGGAUCUUCGAAGACAACUGGAGCAGCAUAAAGAUGAGACACUAGAUCUUAUGAGAGCAUCUCAGGAUAACCCACAGGAUGGCAUUGUGGUAAAGCUGGUUGUCAGCUUGUUGCAGCUAUCCAAGAUGGCAGUGAACCAGACUGGUGAAAGAGAAGUUUUAGAGGCUGUUGGAAGGUGUUUGGGAGAAAUAGGUCCUCUGGAUUUCUCUACUAUAGCUGUACAGCAUAAUAAAGACACAUCGUUUACCAAAACCCUUGGGUUGCCCGAAGAUAAAGAACUUCAGUGGACUUUGAUAAUGCUAACUGCCCUGAACAAUACACUGGUAGAAGAUAGUGUCAAAGUUCGAUCAGCUGCUGCUACCUGUUUGAAAAACAUUUUGGCUACAAAGACUGGACACAGUUUCUGGGAGGCUUAUAAGACUUCUGAAGAUCCCAUGCUGAUCUACCUACAGCCUUUUAGAACAUCAAGGAAAAAGUUUUUAGAAAUACCCCAGUUUGUUAAAAAAGAUACCUUAGAAGGCUUGGAUGAUAUGAAUCUGUGGGUUCCUCAAAGUGAAAGUCAUGACAUUUGGAUAAAGACUCUGACAUGUGCCUUUUUGGACAGUGGAGGCAUAAAAAGUGAAAUUCUUCAGUUAUUAAAGCCAAUGUGUGAGGUGAAACCUGACUUCUGCCAGACUGUGCUGCCAUACUUGAUCCAUGAUGUCUUACUCCAAGAUACACAUGAAUCUUGGCGGACUCUGCUGUCUACACAUGUCCGAGGAUUUUUCACUAGCUGUUUUAAACACUUCUCACAGGCAAGCCGAUCAGCAACUCCUGCAAGUUCGGAUUCAGAGCCAGAGCACUUUCUCCGAUGCUGUUUCGAUAAAAAGUCACAAAGAACAAUGCUUGCUGUUGUCGACUAUUUGAGAAGGCAGAAGAGGCCUUCUUCAGGAACAGCUUUUGAUGAUGCUUUCUGGCUGGAUUUGAAUUACCUGGAGGUUGCAAAGGUGGCUCAGUCUUGUGCUGCUCACUUCACAGCAUUGCUCUACGCAGAGAUCUAUUCAGAUAAGAAAAGCAUGGAUGAACAAGAGAAAAGAAGUCCAACAUUUGAAGAAGGGAGUCAAGGUACAACUAUUUCUAGUUUGAGUGAAAAAAGUAAAGAAGAAACAGGAAUAAGCUUACAGGAUCUUCUCUUAGAGAUCUACAGAAGCAUAGGAGAGCCAGACAGCCUGUAUGGCUGUGGUGGAGGGAAAAUGUUACAGCCCCUUACUAGAAUACGGACUUACGAACAUGAAGCAAUGUGGGGAAAAGCCUUAGUAACAUAUGACCUUGAGACCGCAAUCUCCUCCUCAACCCGCCAGUCAGGAAUAAUUCAGGCUUUGCAGAAUUUGGGGCUCUCCCAUGUUCUUUCCAUCUAUCUAAAAGGAUUAGAUCAUGAAAACAGAGAGAGGGGUGCUGAACUGCAGGAACUUCAUUAUCAAGCAGCAUGGAGGAAUAUGCAGUGGGACCUCUGCAGUUCUGCCACCCAAGAACUAGAAGGAGCCAGUUACCAUGAAUCAUUGUAUAAUGCUCUGCAGUCUCUAAGAAACAGAGAAUUCUCCACAUUUUAUGAAAGUCUCAGAUAUGCCAGAUUGAAAGAAGUUGAAGAGUUGUGUAAGGGCAGCCUUGAAUCUGUGUACUCGCUGUAUCCCACACUUAGUAGAUUGCAGGCACUUGGAGAACUGGAAAACAUUGGGGAGAUUUUCUCAAGGUCAGUCACAGAUAGAGAUCUCUCUGAAGUGUAUUUGAAGUGGCAGAAACACUCCCAGCUUCUGAAGGACAGUGACUUUAGUUUUCAGGAGCCUCUUAUGGCUCUACGCACAGUCAUUCUGGAGAUCCUGGCGCAAAAGGAAAUGGAGAACUCCCAUGGAGGGUGCUGUAAGGACAUUCUCACCAAACACCUUGUAGAAUUCUCUGUUCUGGCCCGAACCUUCAAGAACACCCAGCUCCCUGAAAGAGCAAUAUUUAAAAUUAAACAAUAUAAUUCAGCUAUUUGUGGAGUCUCUGAGUGGCAUUUGGAAGAAGCACAAGUGUUCUGGGCAAAAAAGGAGCAGGGUCUUGCCCUGAAUAUUCUCAAACAAAUGAUCAAGAAGUUGGACUGCAGCUUUAAAAAGAAUGAUGCAGGUCUAAAAGUCAUAUAUGCUGAGUGUCUGAGGGUUUGUGGCAACUGGCUGGCGGAAACCUGCUUGGAAAAUCCUGCAGUCAUCAUGCAGACCUACCUAGAAAAGGCAGUGAAAGUUGCUGGAAGUUAUGAUGGCGAAAGCAGUGAGCUCAGAAAUGAACAGAUGAAGGCAUUUCUCUCAUUAGCACGUUUCUCCGAUACUCAGUACCAGAGAAUUGAAAACUACAUGAACUCAUCAGAAUUUGAAAACAAGCAAGCUCUCUUAAAAAGAGCCAAAGAAGAAGUGGGCCUUCUAAGGGAACAUAAAAUUCAGACUAACAGAUACACAGUAAAGGUUCAGAGAGAGCUGGAGCUAGAUGAGUGUGCUCUCCGUGCACUGAGAGAAGACCGGAAGCGCUUCCUGUGUAAGGCAGUUGAGAACUACAUCAGCUGCUUGCUGUGUGGAGAAGAGCAUGAUGUGUGGGUAUUCCGGCUUUGCUCCCUCUGGCUUGAAAAUUCUGGAGUUGCUGAAGUCAAUGGCAUGAUGAAGGCAAAUGGAAUGAAGAUUUCAUCAUAUAAAUUUUUGCCCCUUAUGUAUCAAUUGGCUGCUAGAAUGGGAACCAAAAUGAUGGGAGGCCUAGGAUUUCAUGAAGUCCUCAAUAAUCUGAUCUCUAGGAUUUCAAUGGAUCACCCCCAUCAUACUCUGUUCAUUAUAUUGGCUUUAGCAAAUGCAAACAAAGAUGAAAUUUUGAGCAAACCAGAGGCAGCAAGAAGGAGUAGAAUAACCAAAAAUGCACCAAAAGAAAGCUCUCAGCUUGAUGAGGAUCGAACAGAGGCUGCAACCAGGAUAAUCCAUACCAUCAGAAGUGAGAGGUGUAAGAUGGUGAAGGACAUGGAGGCACUCUGUGAUGCAUACAUUAUUUUGGCAAACUUGGAUGCCUCUCAGUGGAGGAACCAGAGAAAAGGCAUCAAUAUUCCAGCAAACCAGCCAAUCACUAAACUGAAGAAUUUAGAAGAUGUUGUUGUUCCCACUAUGGAAAUUAAGGUUGAUCCCACGGGAGAGUAUGAAAAUCUGGUGACUAUAAAAUCAUUUAAAACAGAAUUUCGUUUAGCAGGAGGUUUAAAUUUACCAAAAAUAAUAGAUUGUGUGGGUUCUGACGGCAAGGAAAGGAGACAGCUUGUCAAGGGCCGUGAUGACCUCAGGCAAGAUGCUGUCAUGCAGCAGGUUUUCCAGAUGUGCAAUACACUACUGCAGAGAAACACUGAGACUAGAAAGAGGAAACUGACUAUCUGCACAUACAAGGUGGUUCCCCUCUCCCAGCGAAGCGGUGUUCUUGAGUGGUGCACAGGAACCAUCCCUAUCGGUGAAUAUCUCAUCAACAAUGAUGAAGGUGCUCAUAAAAGAUACAGGCCAAAUGAUUUCAGUGCCUCUCAGUGCCAAAAGAAAAUGAUGGAUGUCCAGAAGAAGUCUUUUGAAGAGAAAUACGAUACCUUCAUGACUAUUUGCCAAAACUUUGAACCAGUUUUUCGUUACUUCUGCCUGGAAAAAUUCUUGGACCCAGCUGUUUGGUUUGAGAAACGAUUGGCAUAUACGCGUAGUGUGGCCACGUCUUCUAUUGUUGGUUACAUCCUUGGACUUGGUGAUAGGCAUGUACAGAAUAUCUUGAUAAAUGAGCAGUCAGCAGAACUCGUGCAUAUAGAUUUAGGAGUGGCCUUUGAGCAGGGAAAAAUCCUUCCCACUCCAGAAACAGUUCCUUUUAGACUCAGCAGAGACAUCGUGGAUGGCAUGGGCAUCACUGGUGUGGAAGGUGUCUUCAGAAGAUGCUGUGAGAAAACCAUGGAAGUUAUGCGCAGUUCUCAGGAAACUCUGCUAACCAUUGUAGAAGUCCUUUUGUACGAUCCUCUCUUUGACUGGACUAUGAAUCCUUUAAAAGCUUUGUAUUUGCAGCAGAGGCCAGAAGAUGAGACUGACCUCCAUUCUACCCCCAAUGCGGAAGAUCAAGAAUGCAAACGAAGUCUUAGUGAUAUUGACCAGAGUUUCAACAAAGUAGCUGAACGUGUCUUGAUGAGGCUGCAGGAGAAACUGAAAGGCGUGGAAGAAGGCACUGUGCUCAGUGUGGGUGGACAGGUGAACUUGCUUAUCCAGCAGGCCAUGGAUCCCAAAAAUCUCAGCCGACUCUUCCCAGGAUGGAAAGCUUGGGUGUGACCUUCAGCUCAGGAAUUACUCUAAACUCAAGACUUCAGAAAUUACAUCUCAGCCGCCCUAUUUGGAUGGGAAUUAGUUAAUAACUGCUUUUGAACCAGUUUUCUCCUUGAUACAUAACCAGCCAAAAAUUAAUAUUUCUGCUCUUGUAUGUUAGGAUGAAUGUUGACUCUUAAGAUCAUGCUUGUAUUGUUUUCAGUGGGAUCACUGAGGUGCACAGUGACCUGAAGCCAGUGGGAGCAGCAGAGUGAGUUUUGCUUUGGUGUGUGUUAGGAUGAGUUUGUAACUCUUGCUCUAAGCAGUCUUUAGUUAAAGCAGGUUCCCAGACCGUCACUGUGAGCGUGUGCGUGCGAAUUCCAAAGUACUUAGUAAUGCUGUAGAACGGGUAGAUGUUAAAAUUAUAACUGUCACUAUAUCAUGGGAAACUCACAUUAAAAUAAAUGUUGGACUGGAGUGUAGCUCAGUAUAGAACAAGUGCCCAAACUGUCUGAGGCCCCAAGUUCAAAACCAGAAUUGCAGAUUAAAGGGGUGGCGGGGAAUGGAGUAAAUCGUGUUGAAAACAAAGUAGUAAAGGUUGAACACAGAACACACUUAGUUUCAAAGUCCAAAACAUGAGAUGUUCCAGUAUCCAAAGCUUUCUGACAUAUUGAGCACAUUUCCGAGGUUCAGAUUAGGUGCAUAGCUAGUCUUAGCUUACAGUCAUCACAAAUGCUUUACAGUCUGAAAAUAUCCAAAACCAGAGGCAGCUCUGGUCCUCGGCAUUUUUAGGAGGGGACACUGAAUAAACCUGCACUUAAGAAAUGGUCUGCUUUCAAGCCAGGCGUGGCGGGACCGUCAGAGCUACACAGAGAAUCCCUGUCCCUAAAACCAAAGCAGAAGAAAUGUUCUGAUUCAGGUGCAGGAUCACUCAGUGUUCCCAAGUGAUGAGGUCUGGAGAGGAAGAGCUGGGUGUUUGUAUUGUUGAUUCUUGAGUUUGGUGGCCUAGUUUGUGAUCUUGAAAGGUGAGCUCAUUUUCAGCCCCCUUCUCACACAUGUGUGUGUGUGUGACUCCUGCGUGGGCUAGGCUGAGUGAUUCUUCAAGAGAGUUUGCUCACGUCUCAUCCCCAGGGGCUUCACAGACAUUCCUCGGCUCCAGGCUCUAGGUCUCAGGAAUAGUGUAGAUUUCUGAGAGCAGAAGAGUCUCCCAGGCCAUGACAGACCUACUCUAUCAUCUCUGUGCAAAUAGGCAGAGUGUUGUACUGAUACCCCUUUCAGUGAAAGCUAAGCCUGCAUGUGUCUCAUCAAGGUGGCAGGGUGAAGGGAGGUGCAUCUAACGUCUCUCACUUGCUGCUAAGAUUCUUUAGUCCAUACACACACACACACAUACUCACACACAUGUAUAUAUACAUCGAUACACAUAUGGAUGUUUGCAUUAUUGUGUAUAUAUAUACACACAUACACAAAGCCAAACUCUUGGUUUCUGCAAACUAUUAUGAAAAUUAUUUUGCAUUUUAACUUUCCUGCUUUGUGUCUUUUGUCAGAAUUUGGAUAUUAUAAAUAUUUGGUAUCUACUUACUGUAGUAGUCAAGAGGAUGUGUUGAACUUAGAAGGUCUUUAAGAAAGUGUUGACCUCCUCAUAGAUAGAGAAUGAUAUUAGCUAAUAAUGGCUAGUUAAAUGAAUUUGUAAUGUUUCUGCAGUUAAAUCACUGAAGAGGUUGGAAUAAUAAUUGAUCUGUUCUUCACCCUUGAAUUAUAUGCCACAAACAUAUUUUAUCGAUGACUUUGAAAAGUUUAUAUUAGGUUUUCAGGUAAACCUAGAAGCAGCUAAUUGAAAUAUAAAAAGAUUAAGUUAGAAAAUAUUUUUGACAAACUUGAGUAAGAUGGGCAGUUACCAGGAGCCAAUGCGGUGAGAUUUACAGGUAUUAAAAAUCAGGUAUUUCCUUUAUGUCAAGUACCUGACAUGUCUAUCAGCAGCAUGUUUGGUUCCUACAACAAAAACUUGUAAUAUUGGAUGGUUUUCUUUUUUUAUGCUUUGAAAACAAAUUUUUUUUACUGUAUUCAGUGUUUAAAUCCAUGACAAGUGCUUCACCUAUACACAUAAAAUUACUAAAUUGUUUUAUCAGAUCCCUUUUAAUAUACAAUAUAUACACCUAUAGAAAAAGGAAGUAGGAAAAUAUUAAUAGAUAAAAUUAUAGCAUGUAGACAGAGUACUUCUGCAUUCCAGCCUUGUUUGAGCGACAGGUAAAGAUACUUGUUACAAGUCAUAAUGCCGCCAUAUCUGCUAGGAAAAGACCGCGGCAUCUCUGAGUCACCUGGGAAAAGCCAUGUUCCUGUUUUGCUUUUGGAAAUAAUUAUUCGUAGGUUUAUAUUAAGUAUAUCCUUAAGCCUUUCAUCACUUUAGAAACCUAUAAAAUUAGCAAACUAAGCUACAUUUUAGUAAAUCUUUUGAUCCCAGAAAGCAAAACUGGGCAACAGACCUAUAUACUAAGUACACAGUUGAAAUCUUUGGGCGAGAGCCAACAAGAAGGUUAAUGGAUGAGUAGCUCUCCCAGUCCAGUCCUAUCAAACUGUGGAUCUCAGCGGGCGGAUGAUUGCCCAGCUGCUGCUGAUGUGUAAAUUCUUUUCAUGAUGAACUUAUAUAAAUAACGCUACGGUUAGGCUAAUAAUAGAAAAAUACUGUUUGUAGCAUACUAUAAUUAGAGAAAGUUACUGGUAUAAAACACAGAAAAAUCUAUGCCUUUUACCUGUCAGGAAAAAUGGCAACAACAUUGAUAUUUAUUACCUCACAAUAAAUUUCAUUGAUUGUAAGUUGAGCCACGAUGAUUAAAACCUUAUAGCAUGAUUUUGCAUACCAUCAAUUCAUUAGAUAAUCAGCAGAUAUAUAGCCCUUGAAUUUUCCAAAACCUUCUUAGUUUUUCAUGUGUAAAAGUAGGAAACCAGAGUCGAGAGCCCUCAGAAACAGAAAUGUUGAAGGUACCGUAUCUGUACAACUCAAAGAUUCAAAAUACAAGCAUCACACAUACGAGCAAUAAAUAAGUCAGACUUUCGUUCUGAAUGCCUUAGCUAUACACUAAGUGCCCUUUUCCUGAGAGAAGAAAAUGUGCGUAUAAGGCUGGGUUUAUGUUUUACAACAACUCUUUAAAACAUAUAUUUUUGAUGGGCAAAUUGUAUUCCAAAUUUUUUUUAGGUAGCCGGCAUUCAAAACAUUGGUAUACCUUCUAUUUUAUGAAGAAAUAAUUUUAAAGUGUCAGUUGGAAAUUUUUCAUGCUGCUGAUUAGUCAUUAUCUUGUUAACUGAUGACAUCAGGUAUCCCAUUUUAUAUCCAGAGAAAGUAAAAGUUGGAAAAGGUUACUUGUCUGAGGCCAGAAGACAUUGCACACAAGUAUCAUAUAAGCAGUCUCUUCAGUUGAAGAGCUUUUAGUAAAAAGAAUCUGGCGUUCACUGGUCAGGUAUAAGUCAGUGAAAAGCAAAUAGAGAAGCUGCUAGAAAAGGAAGUUAGACAGCUGGUGUGUCUAGAGUGAGGGAGGCAACAGUCUCUUCCAACCCUGUGCACCCUCAGAGUGGUCCCAAAUCAGGCCCCAAAUGUAAGGUCGUCAUAGUGUUCACUUAAAAUGGGGAAAAGAUUGUGCACCUAGAAAUCUGUCACAAAUUUAAAUAUGGUAAAAGGAACAAAAGCAAAAAGGAAGAACUUUGGGCACCUUAAGGUUUAUAAUAACCACCUUUUAAAGUAGAAGGCCAGUAUGGAAUAGAGAAAAGUGUCAUUUCAAGUGUUUUAGUUGCACCUUAAUGAAAUUAUAUAUUUUAUAUAGAUUUGUUUAGUGUUAUUAAAUGUAAUCUGUUACAUUGUUACCUGAAUGUUACAAAAAAUUUUAAUAAAGAAUUUUACAAGUUUA